GUCUGUUCCUCUUUCUGCGAUCGCCAAUACUACAGCUCAACGGGAUUCCACAACCGGCGAUAAUGUUCAGACACAGAGCUCACUUCCUUCCGGGAGCCAGACUGUUAGAUCUGCUGAUGGCGUUUUGUGCGAUAGCCUCUCAGAUCGGACAAUGCCUAUGUCAGCGGCAGUUGGUUCGGAGCGAACUAGCAGUCAGUCACCCUCUGCGGCAGCAUCAUGCGAACUCGGGCCUUCCUUGGAAGAAGAUGAGGACAAUCUUGAGAGAUUUCGUACAAAAUUCCUGAAACAUUUCCCUUUUGUCUGGAUCUCGCCGUCGACGACCUCUCAACAACUUCGUCAUCACAGACCCUACUUCUGGCUGUGCAUCAUGAGUAUAAUGACCAGGUCGUCCUCGCGGCAAUUAGACCUGGACACCAGAAUAAGGAAUAUUUUAGCACAAAAGAUAACGCUAGAACUCGAAAGAUCUAUCGAUUUGCUCCUAGCUGCGCUCACAUAUUGUGCCUGGGGCCGUUGCCAGCGAAUGAUACAUAACGAGAUGCAAACAAAACCAUAUAUGCACGUAUAUACUCAGCUCGCCGUGACGGUCAUAUAUGGCUUGGGCCUCAAUAGACACCCGCCAAAGGAGUCACAUGCCUUUCAUGGCUGCAAUCCUACUCCUCAUCUAUUCCCAAAGGCAACACCAUCCUCCGCCCGGACCAUGGAGGAGCGGAGAGCAGUGCUUGGCUGUUUCCUUCUUACUUCGAACGUCGCCUCCUACCUUCAGAAAAUAGAUGCGUUGCGCUGGACAUCUCAUAUGGACGAGAGCCUCCGCAUCCUAGCUGAAAAGCAGGAAUGCCCCACAGAUAUUGUCUUGGUACAGCAGGUCCGACUGCAGUUGAUCUCAGAGAAAGUGGCGCAGGGACCCUGGCAGUAUGGAGCAGCUGAAAACACGAAUUCUCAUGAGCCCCCUCCCGCUUUUUACCUCCAGGCGCUUCAAUCCCAGGUGAUGGAAGCCGUGCAAAAGGCACCGCCUGAAUUGCAGCACAACGAAGUAGUUCUCCUGCAGCAACAUUACACGGAACUCACCAUCCAAGAAAUCUCUCUGACGAGAGCACCUAUUAUGUCAAGUACCACCAACUUCCAGAGGCUCGAAAGUCUCUAUUCAUGCCUGAGCUCAGCAAAGGCGUAUACGGACAUAUUCUGCAACAUCCCACCGGCUGAAUUCUUCGGAAUGCCAUUCUCGACUUUCUCCCAAUUCGGACACUGCUUAAUAGCACUUUACAAACUAUCUACUCUCGAGGAUCCCGCCUGGGAUAAGGCCAUGGUUCGAAACACGGCGGAUGUGUUACUUAUAAUAGACCGAGUGGUUCAGAUUAUGGGGCAUGUAGUGGAGUUUGUGGCCGGUCCCGAGCAAGAAGACCGAACGUUCAUUAAGGGAGCCGCACUGAUGCGCUCCCUGCGACAGAAAUGGGCGGAAAACUUGUCUACUGUCUCGGGUGAAUCUGACGCGAGCCUAAACAGACAGGACCCGGAGGAUAUAUUGAGUGCUUUCCCGCUGGAAUGGCCUGAUGAUGCGUGGCUGAAUGAUAUCUUUAUGUGCUAGGCUAUUAACGAAUUAGACUGUAUAACUAGAGAAGAGGUUAAAAGUAUCAUCUUCAUGAAUAUUAAAUGAUCAAAACUGCGAAU